AACAUAUUCCCUCCACAUGAUCCGUUUCAAUAUCCACAAACCACAACCAAGCAAACAUUUUAGUUUUCUUCCACCAUCACAUAUAUGCAUAGAUUAUACGUACAUAUGUGUACCUUACAAUUUUGAGUUCCAAAAAUGUUGAAAUUUCCGCUUUGUUGCAGUGAGUUAUCUCUAGAACCAAAGAUUCAAGCUUUUGAAAGACAAAUUGUUUCAGGCCGACGAGAUUCCAUCAAAGCUUCUGCGGGAAAAAUUGGAAAUUUCUCUUUUGGUUCGAUAUUCAAAAGUUGUGAGACUUGUGGAGCCAAAGGAGCAAUUGAGUGCCCCGGUUGCAAGGGAACAGGUAAAAAUAAGAAGAACGGAAAUAUGUUUGAGAGAUGGAAAUGUUUUGAUUGUCAAGGAUUUGGUAUGAAGAGUUGUCCUAAAUGUGGCAAGGGAGGCUUGACGCCUGAACAGAGAGGGGAACGAUAGUUGUUUCUCUCUUACAUAAUUUAUAUUUUAAUUUGUGAUAUAUUCCUAUAAACGAGUAACUUGCAUGUUAAGAACAAGUCAUGAAUAUUAUGAUUUCAACAGAAUGUGAAUAAUUGCAUUAAGGCUU